AUGCCUAUCUGGCACCACCCAGCCAUUAAAAACAACUACCUCUGGAACAAACCAGCAGCGAGAUGCCUAAGAAACAAACACAAUAUUGAAACAGUAGAGGAUCUGGAAAGAUUCGCAUACUCAAACGAACCCAACACAGUCAAGUGCAAUGCAGUCGACCAAUGCUACAACAUCGCGACCAUCAUUUUGGCGGAACUACCGCCAAAAUUCCAACUGAACAAUGAAGUACCCCAGACUGACAAUCUGGAACACACUCCGAAUAGAAUAAAACACUAUCAGAAAACAAAAAUCAACAAAGACCCAAUAGCGUUCGACCCCGCUACCCAAAGUGAAGCAAACAACCCUUCUGAAACUACCCGCAUAUUCAGAGAAUCCUACUCAUAUAAAGUCCGCCUGGUCAAUGACAGACGACUAGCCCUUCCGCUGCCUAUGAGACUGAAGCCUCUCCCCAACCAAAAAAGCCUAACGGUGCUACUCAUGGGAUCUGAACAAGACCCCAAUAUGAUAGCCGUCCUUAUAACCACGACGCCGACCCAAACAAAAUUGAUCCGAAACAAAUCUGCCCAAAAUGCAGACGACCAAACCCUGACUGGAAUCACAUAUGCACUGACAUAUCUACCAAAUGACCACAUCACUUUUGUGACAAAGAACCCUUCCGUACCCACUCGGCUGCUAAAAAGCAUAAAAGAAUAUGAAGAUGAGGAUUGGAUGACGAUCACGAACCCUAAGGCAUGGAAGACAACGAUCUCCCUCCUCCGCCAAAGAGGAGCAAAAACCUCAUUCCAGACCUACAACAAAGAACACAACUACCACCACUCGCUCCUCAAAAAAGCGAGACAAAACCAGACCACAAUAGAGUGGGACUUCCCCAGAACCCAUUAA